AUGGACUAUCCGGAUUGGCUGGCACCUGUGCCUUGGUGGCUGGCGGAAGAAUCCUCUCCGAUGAGUGAAGACCAUAUGACGUCUCGUUCCGAAAGGGCGCCUCAAUCAUUAGAAGACGGGUUAGAAAAUUACGAGAGGGCGCCUCAAGCAUUAGCAAUUGAUAACGACAUGAGCUCGUCGACCGACGUGAGCAGCUGGUGGGACGAGCUUCUGGGUUCGCCGGGGGAUCAGUAUGAUGUGUUCUUGAGCUUCAGAGGCGAAGAUACUCGGGCGUCUUUCAUUGCUCAUCUCUAUUCCUUUUUGAGCAAUGCUGGAAUUGUUGUUUUCAAAGAUGAUACGAACCUUCCUAGGGGUAAUAGUAUCUCAGUCGAAUUGCCGCUUGGAAUUGAAUGUUCUACAAUUUCGAUCAUUAUCUUCUCCAAAGAUUAUGCUGGUUCUAGAUGGUGCCUCAACGAGCUCUCAAAAAUCAUGGAGCUUCACAGAGCACAAGGUCGGGUAGCUCUGCCUGUGUUCUAUGGCGUAGAUCCGUCCCAAGUUCGUAAUCAAAGCUCCACUUUUGGAGAUGCGUUUCGUGAUCUUAUACAAAGAAGUUCACCCACAGAAGAUGAAGUGUCAAGGUGGAGGACAGAUCUCCGUGAAGCUGGGGGCAUUGCAGGGUUUGUUGUGCUCAACUCCAAGGAUGAAAGUGAGGAUAUCAAGAAUAUCGUUAAGCAUGUUUGCAAAAUAUUGGACAAGAAAGACUUGUUUAUUGCUAACCAUCCUGUUGGAGUGGACUCUCGUUUGACAGAUUUGAUUAAAAUAUCAGAAAGCUAUUCAAUUGACAAUGUUCUCCUCCUAGGGAUAUGGGGGAUGGGGGGUAUCGGUAAAACAACCAUUGCCAAAGCCAUUUAUAAUGAAAUUGGUCGAAAAUUUGAGAGUAGAUGUUUUCUUCGUGAAUCCUUUGGUGGGGGAAGCAGAAUAGUUAUCACUACUAGAGAUAAGCAUAUUCUCAAAUUCUUUGGAGUGAAUCAUGUAUAUGAAAUAAAGACCAUGGACGAAAUAGAAUCUAUUGAGCUUUUCAGUUGGCAUGCAUUUAAGCAACCAAGUCCCAAAAAGGAAUUCAUUGACUUUUCUAGAAAUAUAGUUGCUUAUUCUGGAGGACUGCCACUAGCCCUUGAAGUCCUUGGCUCCUAUUUAUUUGAUAGGGAAGAGGAAGAGUGGAGAAGUGUACUAGACAAACUAAAAAGAAUCCCUAAAAAUGAGAUACAAAAGAAGCUAAAAAUAAGCUUUGAUGGUUUAAGCGAUGAUAUGAUGAAAGAAAUCUUCCUUGAUAUAUCUUGCUUUUUUAUUGGGAUGGAUAGGAGUGAUGUCACGCAGAUAUUGGAUGGUAGUGGACUUUUUCCGCACAUUGGAAUAAGUGUCCUUGUGGAGCGGAGCCUUGUAACUGUUGAUGAGAAGAACAAGCUUGGCAUGCAUGAUUUGCUGCGAGAUAUGGGGAGGGAGAUAAUCCGAGAACAAUCACCAAAAAGCCUUGGAAACCGUAGUAGGUUAUGGUUCCAUGAAGAUGUACUUGAUGUAUUAUCAAAACAUACUGGGCUAGCUUUGAAUUUGUCACAAACCGAUAAAGAUUAUUUUUCUACCAAAGCGUUUGAGCAGAUGAAGAGACUUAGAUUACUCCGCCUUGGUAAUGUGAAACUUGAGGGAGACUUUAAACACAUGAGCAGAGAUCUCAGAUGGCUUUAUUGGCUUGGCUUUCCUUUGAAAUACAUCCCUGCCAACUUUUAUCAGAAAAACUUAGUUUCUAUUGAGUUGAAGUACAGUAGCCUUAGAGAAUUAUUGGAGAGACUAAAAAUCCUCAAUUUGAGUCACUCCCCUUUUUUGAUGCAGACUCCUGACUUCUCAAAACUACCGAAUCUUGAAAAGGUGAUUCUUAAAAAUUGUCCAAAUUUGUCUGAGGUUCGUCCUACCAUCGGGCAUGCCGAUAAACUCCUUUUAAUAAAUUUGAAGGAUUGCACUAGCCUUUGCACUCUCCCAAGAAGUAUUUAUAACUUAAAAUCACUAAAAACUCUUAUUUUGUCUGGUUGUACGAGGAUUGAAAAAUUAGAAGAUAUAGAGCAAAUGGAUUCCUUGAACAGGGGAUUAUCACGUGAUGUGUUUCCUUCUCUCAUUUGGUCACGGAUGUCCCCAGCAAAUAAUCCUUUAUCUCUUAUUUCAUCACAUGCAUGUGAAUCUUGUGUUAGUGUAAUGAUCAUAAAUUAUACAAAGACAACCACUCUGUGCUACAGGCAAGAUUCACUGACUUCAUUUGAAGAAGCUGAGUGGAAGGAAAUAAUAUCAAAUCUAGACUCAGAUGACCAAGUGGAGGUGAUGGUAGUUUUUGGUAAUGGAUUCACUGUGAAAAGGACAACAAUCUACUUAAAAUACGACGAGUCAUUUGAUGAACAGAUAGAGCAUCCGCCAUCACCAAGUAGAGAAGUUGAUAAGAAGCCCAUGCAGACUUAUGUUAGAAGGAGGAAGCGACAGAAGAUUAAUUAA